UAUCGUCGUUUGCUUUGUUUAUUUCUUACUUGCGUGUUUUGAGUCAAAACGUAAGAAACUUUCGUGGUGAGCGGACGUGUUGCUGCGGAACAAAAAUUUGUUGUACAAAAUAUAUAAUUCCGAAUUGUAAUUGUGCAAAAAUAUUGUAUAAAAUUGAAUUUGAUUCAUGCGCGCGUGACUACAGCAUCUAAGUAAAUAAGUGUAUCAAUAUCAAGAAUAUUUAAUUAAAUCUAAUCUUUUGGAAAUCAAAACAUAACAGCAAAGGAAAGGGAAAAAUCAACAACAACGAGACAAAAUCAGUUGACGAAGAAAAGCCGCUGACAAGAACAAGAAUUAAAGCAUAGAAAAGCUAAAUAACUGUGUAUGCCAAGUUUUCUUGUUGUGGUUGUUCUCAAAAUACAUACAUACAUAUAAAAUAAACAAAAAUUAGGCGAACAGAGCAUAAUAAAACCAACAUGUGCAAGUAGUGUGUAAGCAAAAGUGAAAAGGAAGCAGAUUAUAUUGUUGUUCUCGUGCGCUCCGUACGUAACGUAUGUGAAACGCGAAAAGGGCCAAAGCUAAGAAACAAGACCAAAAAAAAAACACAUGUGCAUCUCUCUUUCUCUCCCUCUCUCUUACGUCGUCGUUCGCGUGUGCGUUCGUGUGCUUGUGUGUUUGUGUGUGGGGCAGGAACAGACGGAAGUACUUUAAGCUCUUUGUGGCUGCUGCCUGCUCCGCCGGACAACGUCUCUAGCUUGCGCUCGAUUUGUUUUUGUGUUUUUUUCUGUUUGCCAUUCUUCUUUGGAGCUGACAUUCGCUUGCAAUGGCAAAACAGAAAAAUUACAUCAAGCAAACGGAACGACAAUAAAAGCAACGACGGUCAACACAGGAUUAACAAACCGCCCGUCCCCCUUCCCUAUUUGCCUUUGCGACGCCAUCUCCAAAGUGACUCCACAAUGGCCACUUGACGCAUAGCGACAGCAACAGAACCAGGAAAUCAGCAGCAGCAACAAAGUGCAUGCAUUACGUCGCGUGACGAUACGUUAGCGUUAACGUUACGUAGUAGUGCUGUAGUUGUAGUUAAAGCCGCUGCUUGUCCGAAAGCAAAGAGCAAGAAACACAAAAACAACAACAACAAGAGCGUAUUCUGGAUCUGGACAACAUAUCCGCUUCCGCGUUGCGCUGUCGCUAAAAGCUUAAAGCUUUAAGAACGACAAACAGACAAGUAUUACAAUAACUACGUCACGGCACAGUGGAGAAAAGCAAACAGAUUAACAGAUUCAAUCUCGUGGCUAAGACACUCCAGGAGAACGGACUGCAACACGUCCCUUAUCUUUAAAAAUAAGAACAACCACACACAACAAUGAAAAUGCUUCCAGUACAGCUAUCACUGAAUCCGCUCAAUCCAAGCCUCUGGAGCGAUGUCAUCUGGCGUUGCCCGCCGCCGCCGUCCAGUCAAUUGGCGGAACUGAAGACACAGCUGCCGCCGUCGUUGCCAUCGGAUCCGCGUCUGUGGAGCCGUGACGAUGUCCUCGUCUUUUUGCGCUUCUGUGUGCGUGAGUUCGAUCUGCCCAAGCUCGACUUUGAUCUCUUCCAAAUGAACGGCAAGGCACUCUGCCUGCUGACACGCGCCGAUUUCGGUCAUCGGUGUCCCGGUGCCGGCGAUGUGUUGCACAAUGUGCUCCAGAUGCUGAUUAUUGAGUCGCACAUGCUGCAGUGGCAUUUACCCAACAGCCCCGUCACGCCCACCGGCCGCUAUCCACUGUCGCCGCACAGUCACCCGCCGACGCCCACAUGGCCGCCAUUGAAUGCGCCGCCCGACAGCAGUAACCCCUUCCACAGCAGCAGCUCGGCGGCAGCCGCUCACAUGGCGGCCCAUCACUUUAUGGCUCCCAACUCCGUGACACUCAGCCCGCCACCCUCGGUAGAUUCGCAGGCCAGCAGUCCGCCACAGCCGUCGUCGUCGUCCUCAUAUCAAAAUGGUGGCAACCCGGCAUCUGCAUCCACAUCCACAUCAUCAUCAUCAUCAUCGUCGUCAUUAUCGACAUCGACAACAACAACAAAUGCUGCCAUUGCAUCCUCGAGCGGAAGCAGCAACGGAUCCGCAUUGAAUGGAUGCGUUCAGCCCAUGAAGGGCAUCAGCAGUGCCAGCAGCAAUCACUCCGACUCCGAGGAGGAGUACUCCGAGUCCAAUGCGAAUGCGAAUGCCAACAGCAAACUGCAAAAUGCAUUGCCGCUCUCCUACAGCGCUGGCAGUCCGCCUGGCACGCCCAUCCACAAGGACAUGAAGCCCAAUUGGACACAACAGUUGACCAACAGUUUUGUGAACUCUUGGUCCCAACAACAACAACAACAACAACAACAGCAGCAGCAGCAGCAGCAACAACAACAACAACAACAACAGCAGCAGAAACUGACGCUAGAGAAUACAACAGGUGCGGUGAUUACACCUGGCGGUGGUUCCAUCUCGGCACCCACGACUCCCAGUUAUAUGUACAAAGCGAAGCGCGAAUUCUUCCCGGAAAACUCGGAGCCAAAUACAAAUGGACGUCUGCUUUGGGACUUUCUGCAACAGCUGCUGAACGAUCGCAAUCAGAAGUACAGCGAUUUGAUAGCCUGGAAAUGUCGCGAUACGGGCGUCUUUAAGAUCGUCGAUCCCGCCGGUCUGGCCAAGCUGUGGGGCAUACAGAAGAAUCAUCUGUCGAUGAACUACGACAAAAUGUCGCGUGCCCUGCGCUAUUAUUACCGUGUCAACAUUCUGCGCAAGGUGCAGGGGGAGCGUCAUUGCUAUCAGUUCCUGCGCAAUCCCACGGAGCUCAAAAAUAUUAAGAACAUUUCGCUGCUGCGACAAACGACGCCUGCGACGCCCACAGCUCCCAAUCAACCAAUGAGCAACCAGGCGCCCAGCAGUCCGGCAGCAGCAAGCAACUGGACGCAACAGCAGCAACAACAACAGCAGCAACAACAACAACAACAACAGCAACAACAACAAUUGCAGCAAUCACCACAGCGACCAGCAUCAAGGAAUGGUCCGCCGAUGAGUCUGCCCACAGCGGCAGCUGUUGCCGCAGCCGCUGCAGCUGCGUAUGGACCGCAGCCGCCGUCGCCGCUCUUCAUGCACGCUUUCCACUAUCUGUCCGCGAAUGCAGCAGCCGCUGCAGCCGCCGCUCCCCCACCCAAUUCGCCCGCUGCCGUGGCGUGCUUAACGCCAGGUGCACCUGGACCACCCGGAGAUAAAUUCCAGUUUCAUCCGCUGAAGCUGGAGAAUGGCGUCAGCUCGGACAGCGCUGGCGAGGAUCUGAAGCCAACGGAUCUGAGUGUGAGCAGCAAGAUUGCCAGCAGCAAUGAGGAUUGUUAUCCGCUCAUUCGCAAUGCCGACGGCCUGACCACCAUCAAGCUGAUCCGUUACAACGAUGCCCCCUCGACGGAGCAUCGAUUGUCCCCCAAAUUGGAGGCACAGGAACAACAACAGCAAAGCGUCUCGGGAUCCUCGCCGAGACCCUUGAUGGAUGCAGUGGAGCAGCAGUCACCGUCACACUCACAGCCACAACCCGUGCCCAUGGAUAGCGAGUGCAAUGGCAGCGAGGAGGCGUCAUUUAGGCAUAUGCAACAGUAGAGCGGCAACUCCUGUGCCACAAUGACAAUCAGUCGCCUUAUCUUCCCCCUUUCACUCUUUACCCUCCAUCCCCCAUCCCCAUCUCCCACAACUUUACCUGAGCAACAAUUGCAGCUGCCAAUGGGACCAGCAGAACAGCACCAAUACCAAUACAACAGCACACACACACACGCACUCACACCCCAUGCCGCCCUGUAGGCGUGGCCGCCUUCUUGUACAUACCACACACAUACGCACACACUUGCAUGGGAACUGCAUGUGUUUUAUUAUAUACAUAUGUAGUAAAUAGUUUUGCAGCAUUAAAUAUAACAAACAUAUAUAUUUUAUACAUUCAAAUAUAAGGACACACACACACACAUAGCAACAUCCAAGCAAUACACACAUACAUAGAUACAUAUAUGCAUGUAAUUUGUUUAUAUUCUUAAGUAGUUUUUGAUCGGCGCAGAGCAGCCUUCAACGAUUUACAGAGUUAUGUGCCAAUUUUCGACAUAAUAUUAUUAUUAUUAUCAUAAACAUUAAGUUUUAAAUCAUACACACUCAUCUAUACACACACACACACACAGAGACACAAAUACAUAUACAUUUAGAUAUGUAAUUAGAUUGUAAGUGUUGUCACCUUUGAGCUUUACAAUGUUGCCUCAACAAUGGUUUCACGUAACAUGGAAAACAAAAUUGUUAGAAAAUCAAUAUACAUUUACACAUAUAUAUGUACAUGAAAAAUAUAUAUUCAUAUAUCUAUACAAGAAGAGAGAAGAAAUUUUUUGAAAUUGUUGGAAGAAAUCGUUAAUUUAAGGAAAAGAAAACAAGAAGGAAAAAUGUGUGCCCUUAUUAAGCAGCAGUGUUUAAUUCGAUCAGCCGUUAAUUUCAUUUCAUUCAUAUUAAUUGUGAUAACAACAAAUUAAACAAGAAUUCUUGAACACAUCUGAAAAACAAACAAAAUUUAUGAAACUGCAACAGUUUUUAUUUCUUUGAUUAGCAGUAUAAUUAUUAUUAAUAUUAAUUAAAGCAUUGGCUUCCAUUCAUAGAACAAAAAUGAUAAACAAUAGCUAAAAACAAAAUCUAUUUAUGUAUUGUAUUUAGUUAUUAAUUGUUUGAUUAAGUUUUUUAAGCCAAACUGCGGGAAGUGGUAACAACAAAGCCGUUCACAGAUCCGUAGUCAGGCAAAAGGUGUUCAUAUUUCAGUAAACAGAAUGCAACAAAAUAGU